UUGAGCAACUCACCAGGGGCAGCCCUUCUCUCGCACAUUGAAAACAAGAAAGGGGUCAGGGUAAGGGGGAUACCUAGUCAAUUGUGCAACUGAAUGCAUACAUUUUUUUGCGUCAUCAAUGCAAACCACCGUGACUCUCAAAAGCCGCCGUUUACUUCUGAAGAUAGCCGCCCUAAAAACCAGAUUCAAAUUCGACACAAACCUUCAAAUAGAUGUGAUCCAGGUGCCCACUCUGUCCGACAGCCCAGAUGUGAUCCAGGUUCCCACUCUGUCCGACAGCCCAGAUGUGAUCCAGGUGCCCACCCUGUCCGACAGCCCAGAUGUGAUCCAGGUUCCCACUCUGUCCGACAGCCCAGAUGUGAUCCAGGUGCCCACCCUGUCCGACAGCCCAGAUGUGAUCCAGGUGCCCACUCUGCCGACAGCCCAGAUGUGAUCCAGGUGCCCACCCUGUCCGACAGCCCAGAUGUGAUCCAGGUGCCCACCCUGUCCGACAGCCCAGAUGUGAUCCAGGUUCCCACUCUGUCCGACAGCCCAGAUGUGAUCCAGGUGCCCACCCUGUCCGACAGCCCAGAUGUGAUCCAGGUGCCCACUCUGCCGACAGCCCAGAUGUGAUCCAGGUGCCCACCCUGUCCGACAGCCCAGAUGUGAUCCAGGUGCCCACCCUGUCCGACAGCGAAGUCGUCUCAAAACAAAAGUGACAUAAUUAAGCAUUUCUAGUAAUGAGCAGGAUUCUGUGUUUUCACGUGCAAAAGUGAUUGCUUUUGAUAAAAACAUUUUAUCUGCCUUCCAUCCCCGCUUUCGCCCAACAAUGUGACGGGCCAUAGAACCAGAUUAAUCUAACAGCCUCUCUGCUUGCUUAAAUUGUGUGCCAUGCUGUGCGCAGUCAAUAGAAAAUGGCAUUCUUGCUAACUUGGUUAGCUACGUGAUUAAAUGUCUGUUUUUAACAAAUCAACUGUUUUAGACUAUUGUAUUUUAACCAAGCAAGAGAAAUAAACAAACAAAAUAGUUUUGGGAACGAACGCUUCAAUACUGUUCAUUUAAAUGUUCUGUCAAAAUCCGUUUUAACUGCAGGGUUUGUACUGUAAUGGCUAGAGGUACCGCCUCUAUAUCUGACGAUUGUGGGUUAGCCUCCUGGAGGAUACAUUUGGAAAAUGAACUUGUUUAUAGUUUUGACAGCCCCCUACUAACACACAUACACUAACACUUAGUUUCAUGUAUUAGGUGGCUCUUAGGAGCCUUUGGGUUUGUGGAGUGGCAGGGAGUGUGGUGGUUUGUACUACUGAGUGCGUCUUGUUAGAACGGAGGAGACACCAGCUCCCAUACUCUCAAGGAAGAGGUCAGUGGCCUCAUCCGUGAGAUGCACGCCAUCCCUACAGUACUGUCUAGGGACACAGUGCUUCAUGGCAGAGUGGCAGAUUGUGGGAAUGCGCCUGUGAUGGAGAAAUGCAAGCUGGAACUGACAUGACAUGUCAGAACUGACAUGUGGAACUGAUAAACGACUUAUGCCAAUUCAAAUGCACGCAGUAAACUUGGUACUUUGCACACUAUCAAUACUUAAAAUACAUGGUUUGUUCCAAAUCUGUGCGUUCUCCCUCCUGUUUUCAUAUUUAUACUUCCAUUUAUAAAUGUGGAUGCGUGUGCUCUUUGAUUGGAGUUGGACAGCUGUGUACAAUGCAAACAUUAUUA